GGACAAAAACUGAGCCAUGGAGUCCAAGAAACUCCCCGUUAGACCUCUGUGAUAAUAUUGUGGUGAGGCAUAGAUGAGAGAACGUCAUAAAACCACUUCUAGACUUUAAGUGUUUCCAGGAGCACAGUCAGUGGCCUCAAUAAUUGUAAAAUGGAAGUAUGACACAUCAGAAGUCCUCUGCAGAGAAAGAAAACCUGCAAUAAGGUUGGCAAGCAAACUACAGAUGGCCAUUACUUUGUUUCUAAAUAUCCCUAAAACCGUUUGAAAACAUUUAAACAUUAUAAACCUGUUAGGGGGUAUUUGUUUACUCAAUGGCUGGAGCUACAGCUAUAUUUUAUCAAAUAUAAAAUACGGGUUUUACCAGCUCCAGUGAACGCCUCAUGCCGGUUCCAGUCAGGUCCACCAGGUGGCGCCAUACUGUAGUUCGAGCUGCAGGGACGUGGACGGGACAGUCUGACCGGGACAGUCUGACUGUGACGGACACCAGCGGGGACUGCAGACAGUAGGCAAGGGGGUAUUUGUUUCCGAUCAUAUAAUCACGGGAAAUAAUACCACGGUGAACGAAAUUAAUCGGUAAUUUUUGGUUAAAUCGUGACUCUGAGUGCCACGUGAUGCGCAGCUGGAUGCCGUGCUAACACUGACAGCUAGCUAAACUCGCUCACACGUCUGAGUUCCUAAAGGCUGCAAGAGAAGAGUUUCUCAGGAUGCAUCGUGCGCCUCAGGGAAGCUACCACAACCUGGUGGUGACUCGUGUUUUAAAUGAUGACCGAGGGGACUCUAUGGUGAGGAGAGAGGUCAGGAACUCUGGUUGCAUGGUCAAUAGAGAGCAUGACGAUAGAACGGCACCACAGCAGUCUCGCAACCGUAAAAUCAGAGGCUCCCACAAGGGUCAAUAUAAUGACAGGUUCCGCAGAGGCCAGCGGGGAAACCACUCUGGAGGCUUCGGAGGUCCUGGGCCACGGUCUAGGCUUGAUGAUACUGAUGUCGAUGUAACUAUGAGUGACAGCUCUCAGGACAACAGCUCCCAGCAAAGAUACAACCCAUAUGGAAGGGGUCGGAAAGGGCCAGAUGGGCGCUUUGGCAGAGACAGGCGACAAGGCAAAGGGGGAGGAGGUGGUAGAGGAGGCGGCUUUAGAGGAGACAGAGGUGGAGGCGGCAAUGGAGGAGGUCCAAAAAGCCGGUCAGGCUGGUACAAAGUCACGAUACCACAUGGAAGAAAAUACGACAAAAAAUGGUUAUUGCAGGCUCUUCAGAACAUCUGUACAGCUACCUACGCACCUGUACAGUACCAUGUUGACCAUAAUAGGGCCCACUUCUAUAUUGAUGAUUCCAAUGCUGCCACUGCUUUGCACAAAUGUUCGCACAAGAUCACAGACACAGAUGGUUAUAAGGUGGAAGUGCACGUCAACCCCAGCGGUCCACCAUCCUUCCUCCUCUCUGACCUGAAGCCUGAACAUUUGGAGCACCUAAGGCAAUGCAUGGCAAAACGUUUCGAUGGCUCCCAGCAAGCACUGGACUUGAACAACAUCCGAACAGACCCAGACCUGGUGUCCCAGAACAUUGAAGUCAUCUUGAACAGGAAGUCCAGCAUGGAAGCUGUCAUGAAGAUCAUUGAAGAAAACAUUCCAGAGCUGACCGGUUUGAACAUGAGUAACAACCGUAUUCACAAACUGGACGAACUCACUGAUUUGGUUACCAAGGCGCCGAAUCUGAAGACCCUCAACCUUUCCCACAAUGAGCUGAAGUCAGACCGGGAGCUGGACAAGGUGAAAGGCCUGAAGCUGGUGGAGCUGUGGCUGAACAGAAACCCGCUGUGUGACCUCUUCAAGGAUCAAGCCUCAUACAUCAGUGCUGUGCGGCAGAGGUUUCCACGGCUUCUGAAACUGGAUGGGAAUGACCUCCCCCCGCCCAUUGGAUUUGAUGUGGAAACACCCACCACUAUCCCUCCCUGCAAGGGAAGCUGUUUUGGCUCUGAUGAAAUCAAGGUCCUCAUCCUUCGGUUCUUGCAACAGUACUACAGUAUAUACGACUCCGGUGACAGGCAGCCACUUUUGGAUGCUUACCAUGAUGGAGCAUCGCUAUCCCUCACAACGCCUUACUCCACCCAGAACCCUUCCAGAAGCAGUCUGGGAGAGUAUCACAAAGACACUCGGAACCUGAAGAGGCUCAAAGACUCCACGAUACGAUUUCGACUUCUGAAGCACACACGACUGAACGUGGUUGCUUUCCUCAACGAGCUGCCUAAAACUCAACACGACAUCGCCUCAUUCACCGUUGAUGUAAACACAUACACAAACACGCUACUAUCAUUCACGGUGAGCGGCGUCUUCAAAGAAGUUGCGGUUGAUGGUAAAUCCCGGGAGUCCACCAUGGCUUUCUCCCGAGUCUUCGUCACAGUCCCAGCAGGGAAUUCUGGUUUGUGCAUCGUCAACGACCAGCUUUUUAUCCGGAUGGCCACAACAGAGGAGAUCCGCCGAGCCUUUGUUGCCCCCGCCCCGACUCCAUCUUCCAGCCCCGUCCCCACCCUCACUGCACAGCAGCAAGAGAUGCUCACAGCCUUCUCAUUGAAGUCUGGCAUGAACCUUGAAUGGUCCCAAAAGUGUCUGCAAGACAAUGAGUGGGAUUUCAACAGAGCGGCACAGAUUUUUACUCAGUUAAAGACGGAUGGCAAGAUCCCAGACGUUGCGUUCAUAAAAUGAAAAGUUGAACAUCUGUCAAAUAAAAUCUGCAGUAAUUUUAUUUAUGGCUUUUCUUUUAUCCUUUUUUUUGACUAUUACAAAUAAGUACAUCACGUUUACUAUUUCAUUUUAAUAGCCAAAUGUCAUUGUAACCUCAGUUUUUGGUUAGAAGUCACUACGUUUUCAUAGGAAUAAACACAUGGUCAGUGGUUUAACUUGUGUUCAUGCUGAUUUGUUGUAUUAUGUUUAACAAUAAAAAUAUUUUGUUACGCAAA